ACACGCGAUUUUUAUUUUUUUAAACAAACAUCUCACUAAAAAGCAGGACUUAGUUUGGAAACUCUUUUUUCACCUUCUAUUGGUCAAAAUACAGAUAAUUUAUUUAUCACCAAUCUAAAGACGUGAACGCAGGCAGCCAAUAUUGUGCGGUCACGUGUUGACGAAGCGCGUUGCCGUGGUAACGGACAGAGAAACACAACGCAGUCCAAAUCUCGUGGUUUCAAACAUGGCUGCUUCUCAAAAAGUCAACACUUCCUUCAACAAUUACUUAGAAGAGGAGGAAGAAGACAGCUUCACCAUGCUUGACGUGGUCUCGGGACAACUCAGAGAGUUAAGCAAGCAGCAUAAAUGGGAUCACAUAACCGGCAUUUUAUUGAUUUAUCCAUUCUACCUGCUUCAUAUCAUUGAAGCACCUAAUGAUAUUCUGAUAUCUAUUUUGAAAGACCUCAAAGUGGAGCAACAACAGCCAGAAGGUGCCUUGCUGGAAGCCAAGAUUGUCUUUGUGACACAGAAACUUCAAAGCAGACUUUUCCAGCAGUGGAGCUACAAGGUGCUGAAAGUGAGCCAGGCUGCAGGGGAUGCUGCGCAGGAAAAGCUUCAUUGUGAUAAGCCAACAGAGAUCCUGGUUUGUGAUGUCUUAUCAACUCUGCAGAAGCUGCAUGCACAACUGGAAUUACAGAAGAAGGUUCUUCCUGGGUCUGUGAUCGACAAGAACCCACAGCUGAUUGUUUCUCAGCAAGUUCUGGAGAAACUUAUGGGGCGAGAAGAACUCCUUGAUCCUGGGAGCUACCUACUUAUGUACAACUCUCCUCUAAACAUCAGUAUUGAGUUUGGAGAAACGAUGUCAGGAUCUUUUCUUUUUACCAUCUGACAUUCUGGACAAAAAUAUGAAGGAUACAGAACUGAUCUAGAGCUGAAAGCUUUUAGCACCACUACCUGGCUUUUGAGGUUUCAACCAAAGGCUGUUUGUGACCUGAUGCCACCUAAACAAAUCGUCAAUUGAGACUUCACCAAGUCCUAAAACUUCUAAAACAUAGUAUUUCUUUCUUGCCUUCAUUGUUUUUUUCUAAUUACUAAUUAAUCUAUUUUGUUUUUAGGAAUUUCACAAAUUAAACUGUUUGUUCAGUAUAAUAAAUGUUUGUCUUUCUGCUCAGUGAUGGAGCUCCUCUGUCUGCAACCACUACAGUUUUUGAUAAAUUCUCAGAAGUCUGGAAAUUAUUUCCCUUUUUCACAGAACCUGCUUAAAUUUAAGUAAGAAUUUUAAAAUGUAAAUUUGAUUGGUUUAAACAUUGAUUUCUGCUUAAAUGUGAUACUAAACAUUCUUUUUAAACGGUUCUCAAUGCAUUAAGAAGAUUUAGUAAAGCAGGAGGCCUCAUCAUCCUGCUGUCAAGGCGCACUAAAGCAUUCAUGCAGUCAGAUAAAAAAAUAUCUCACCUAACAAAUUUGGAUGCAAGCAAAACCAUGACAGUUCAUUUUUCAGGCAUGAGGUUAAAAUGACAAACAAGCAACACAUGUCCAAAUAAUUUAAAAAUGUUUAAUAUUUUCAACAUUUUACAUGAGGAUUGUUGUAUUUUCUUUUAUUUUACACUUGGUGAGUGAGAUACAACAUGUCCAAGUAAAGGCAUUUCUUCUUUUCUCCAAACUUUGAAGAGUCCACAGCAUUUUUAACAGUUUGACACAAAGAAUUCCAAAAUCUGAAAAAGUUAAUUUAUCCCAUGUCUUCUUUUCCCUUUUAUUCUUGGCCCAGCUACUUGGAAGUUGCCACAUUUAAUAACAAGAGAGGUUAUGGCUGCAUGCACCACAGCACAAUAUAAACCGUAAAAAUAAAAAAACAAAAAAAUUGUGUUUCUGUUUUUCUCUUUUUUUAUUGGCUGUGUUGAUUUUACACAAUAGUUUGAAGUCAUUUUUUUUAAAAU